GGAGGCUGAACCAACUGAGCCACCCAGGUGCCCUGAUAAAACUGCAUUUUAAAAAUUAUUUUGUACAUAUUUUUGAACUUCAAAUCUCACGAAGAAUUUUAUAGAAAUCUGCUAACCUGGGAUGAAAAAUGCCGUGAGAGAACACAGUCCCAUUUGCAUUGAUAUCUGUUGCCACCGUCCCGAAGGGAUCCAAACGCCUGUUGAGUUGGCCUACCUGCCUGGCAGCUCGGGGAACUGGAUGAAGGCUGCAAGGUUGGAUGCGGGUCGUGUCCCCCAAGCAAGAUACCGCACCCAGCGUGCCAAGUAUGGGAACCCCUGAGCCCAGGGCAGGGAUGGACUGUUGAGAGAGAGGGAACCCGAGCUGAUGCUCUCAGUAGUGGGGCACUCUCCCCAAACGCUGACCGUGCCCUGAAGCCUGAGUGGCUGCCUCAGCUCCAGCUUGGCCCGAGGACCCUGGCAGAAAAUCUGAUCUGACCUGACAUGUGAUUGGUACCAAGCCUCGGCCAAGAAUGUGCUGUCCUGGAAAAGGCAUUCAUCACUCCUCCCAUUAGACUUGAACAUUUGAGGGCCUUCUGUGCCAGGAGGGAUAAAAUGAACAGAUAAACUCCUCACGUACCAAUCCAAGCCCGAUUGAUGGGAGUGUAGAGUAGCUCUGAGGACCUAAUGAAUUGGCUUUAAAUGUGCGGAUUCUUUGGGAACUGACUAGAUCCCAGUCCCCAGCAAGCCUAGAGUGGCCGGUGAAUUGUGAGGCAUCCAUUCGUUUGAGAAGCCAGGAAAAUAACAAAGCCCUGAAGGCCUUUAGGAGAAGCAGUGAAAAGACAUCUGGUAAAAAAUACGUUUUCAACUCUGCUCUUUGGUUGGAAAAUCCCCUUACGAAGGGAAGUUUCUGUUUUUCUUCCUAUAGCUUCAGAAAAAGAGAUGGUUUACACAUAUUUUCUUAUGUGCCGUGCUACUUUACCUGGAAUAACGCUAAAUAUUUUUAGGUCUUCAUUUUUAAUCGCAAAGUCAUGUACUUUUUGAUGCUGUUGAAGGGGCCCAAAUAUAUGCCCUCCUGUUUCUUUUUCUCUUCAGCACCUUAAACCUUCCAUCCUCUCCUUUGAAUAAUCACCGAAAAUUCGGAACAGUGUCCUGGCCUAAUUGAGUUUAAUCCCAAGGUCUGUUUCUGAUUGUCUUCUAUUCUUGCUCCCCAAACCUAAGAUUAAAACAGAAAUUCUGUGGCUGCAGGCAAAUAAGGUGAACAGUAGGACACAUAUAGGCAAAUCCAUUAUAUAUUAAAAAAUAUAUAUAUAUAUUUAUUAUACAUUAUAUAAAAUAUGUUAUUUAUAUUUUCAUCCUCUGUUCUUUGAGUUUAUUUUACUAGGAGAUGAAUGGUAGGCAUUGAGGAGUCCACCUUUCAGACUGUUUGCCAGGAACAAGAUUAAAUUUCAUAAUGAGUGUCAACUUUUCCAUUUAAAAGCUCAUGACCAUCUAUGUCUGUCUGCUGCACUGGGAUUUGGUUCCCUUUCGUCUUUAUCCUAUCCUGCUGCUGUAUGGGAACUUUUAUUUAUUUUUUAUCAUCACGCCUUCCUCUGUCUGCUCUCUCAACUUCAUGUUCUCUCCCUUUAUUUGGAAAGAUCCUCUGUGAAGCGAAUCCAGCUUUAAAGAAAACCAACCAAACCUACAGUCACCAAGGGUUGGUAAUUUCUGCAUUUGGUUGGAAGUCAUUAUUUUAGAGUCUCUCAGCUUUCAACAUUUUUCUUCUCGUAUGAAGAUAAUACUGAGAAACAGAACACAUCAACCGUAUGCUUCUUGAUGUUUAAUAAUUUUAGAUGAUGAAUCUUGUGAAACAUUUCAUUCCAUCCAGGUAGAAUGAUGCACAGUUUGCUUUUGACGGUUAUACUGCCCACUACAGAGGGAAUAUGUCUAGGUAUGUCCCUUUCAAGGUCACCCACUCGGCGCUGCUAAUUUUAGCCGUCUCAGUGAGCGUCCCUAAGAAGUUUCUUUCCAAGCUGUCAGUUUCCAGGUGUGGCACAUGAAAAUACUUUCCCAGAGAGGCAAAGCAGUGACAGAAUAAUGCUUCUGGAUUUUUUUAAAUCUUCCGUCUUGGAUUUGGACAAAAUUCAGGAAAAGAAAUGGCCACGCUACAGAUUCUACUUUGAUGAGGAAACUGAGGCACAGAGAGGCUGGGACACACUUGCUGACGAUGCUAGUAAGGAGUGCAGCCAGAAUGUAAACCCAGCUUUACCGCCCUUUCUGCCUGUUACAUGCAUCAGCGGACCCUCAGGUCAGAGCAGAGUUGCUUCCCGUGCCCUCCUCGUGAGGAAAGGAAGGAGAUUCACGAGGCACGUAAGGAUGACAGACUCAGGAGGGCCCCAGAGGCGCACCCUUUGUUUUCUAUCUACGUUGCUUUCCCAGAAAGUUCCUGAGAAGUCAGACGCCGUGCUUCGCUGCAUGAUAUCUGGUCAGCCCAAGCCAGAGGUAACUUGGUAUAAGAAUGGUCGAGCCAUAGAUGAGUGUGGCAUUGUUUCCAGUUAUGAAUUCUUCCAGAAUCAGUAUAUUCACCUGUUACAUCUCUAUCGCUGUACCCCAGGUGACACCGCUGUUUAUCAAAUCUCUGCUAAAAACUGUUCUGGAAUGAUCUGCUGUUCUGCUUCCCUUGAAGUCAAGUGCUCAGCAGAGAACCCACAGCUCUCCCCGAACCCCAAAGAUGGCGGGGACACGGGUUGGAAACAUGCAACAGAGUCAAGCAUGCAGGAAGAAGCAAACCAGCUUGAUGAGAAAGAACAUCCUCGUAGGGGCGAAGAAAGUGUCCCCUCAGGUAGUCCCAUGUCAGCUGACUCUGCGUCCUCCACAUUCGGCUGUUCAUGCUCGCUCCGGUUAUUGGCCAAUAAUGACACUGGUGCCUCCGGUUCUGAAAAUCCCUUGGAUGUUAAAGGAGCAAGGCGAACCGAAGAGGCUCGUGAUCCAGAUAGCACGGAGGAAGUUGCGGAUGGGUGGCUUUUUUCUGAAUCAAGUAGUAUUCCCGAUAAGCAACAUGUGUGUUGCCACAGGGCAGUGCAUUCCGAAGGAUCAAGGCCAGUGGAUGGGGCCUUAAACAGUGAUGGCCCUCUUGAGGACGUCUUCAAGUCUGGUCAUCCGAAUCCCAGAGUGCAGAAAUACAUUAGCUUCAGCCUACCGCUGGCGGUGGUGGCCACAUCCGAUGGCCCAGGUGACAGGGCCACGAUUCAGCAGCAAGGCAGCCCACAGGGGUCCAGCGAAGACUCUGACAGCGACUAUGAACUUUGCCCAGAGAUAACCCUAACCUGCACCGAGGAGUUUUCAGAUGAUGACCUAGAGUAUCUGGAAUGUUCCGACGUUAUGACGGAUUACUCUAAUGCAGUUUGGCAAAGGGACCUGCAGGGGACUGGGCAGGUUUUUUUAUUAGAAAGCAACGACGAAGAGAUGGAAUUCGGUUCGUGUGGCCCGGGUGGGCGUGAGCAUUUCCUCAGUGAAAUGGGUUGUGGGCCUCGGGUGUCAGAUGACAUGGGGCCUAUGGAUGCCACCAGUGGCUUCUGCGGUAAUCACUCACAACCCCAAGAAGUAGGGGUGAGGAGCAGCCAAGCCUCCACCCACAGUCCCUCAUCCCUGCAAACAGGGAUGACUCUGACCUUGGGGCCUCACCGGGAUGUAACGUCUACAGUGACAGACCAGGCGAGAUGUAAACUACCCACUGCUUCUGAGGCCGCUGAAAAUGAUUAUCCAGGAAUUCAAAGAGAAACCAGAGACAGCCACCAAGCAGGAGAGGAAUUCACCAGUGACAAUCUGCUAAACAUGGAUAAAGCGGUGACAGAGACGGCGAUGAAGCGUCUGUCUGGUGAGUUAGAAAACUCAGGGGUGGACCAGUGGUUGGAGAUUGCAGCCGAGAAAAAAGUAGGGGACGAGGUUUCAUUGAGCAAGAGGGGCUCCGAGAUACCUGCCGGGGUGAGGCGGUCAGAAACCGAAGGAGAACCCAAGAAGCUGAGCCCCAACUUGAAAGAAAGCACAACAGAAGACACCCUUAAUCUCCUCUAUCCCAAAGAGCCUGUUAAGCGCCCAGUAGCCCAGAGUGAUAAAAGAGACAGUCCUCAUGCCAAAGCAAAAGCUGUUGAUUGGAAUUCCCAGUUCCGUGCAGGAGAAUGUGCCGUCCCAGCCCAAGCAGAGCAGGAAGCAAAGACCCUGCGAAUUCCCCUGGGCCCACCCCGCCAAGGAGGGAACUCAAACUUCGAGGGAGAAGGGGUGUUGGUCAGUACCCUAUUUGAGACAAGCGGGGUUCCAGACGGCAGUGCUCAUCCUCAGGUGCAAAUUCAGGAACCGGUCAGGGGGAGAGACACUCUCAGCCGGAUGCCAGCUUUCUCAGAGCCUGCUGGGGAGCCGUCUGCACCUCCUGGGACCACAACAAAUUCCUUCCCCAACUUAGGAGGGAUCGACGAAGAAUAUGCGUCAUUGGCCGGAUACCUGGAGCUGGAAAGCUGCACUCGAUGCCCACAGCACAGAGGCAACCAAGACAGAAAAGACCGCGCACUUGGAAGUUCCUGGGAAGACCUCGGACACGAGCUGAGCAUCCCAGACGCCAGUCAUGAAAACAGGGCCCCCCGGGAGCUGUCCGCGCUUCUCCCCCAGGAGGGCAGCGCUGACCCUGGGGAGCCCAAGCCUCUCUCCGUUGCUUCCCCUGAACCCACAGAUACCAUCACCACCCUGGAAACUGCGGGCGGUGGGCCAAGGGGCAGAGAAGCAGCGUGUGUGUUAGAGCUUCUGGAAGCACGUGGCCAAAGAACACGGCCGACCACGGACUCUCCUGCCGGAGCCUCCCCUGAUAAAUACUCACCUCACGAAAUUUGCUCCACGGACUUGGAGUCGGCAAAAAGUCAAAGCGAAGUAUCUGAUUUAUGUUCUCCUGAUGACAAGACGCCGGGCGUUCUUUUUCAGACGCGAGGUUCUGAGCCUCCACAGCCGCCAUGCAAGAGCGCCAAGGAGCGAGACUCCGCCAUGCCCCCUCUUUUCACCAGUGUUUUCACCUGGAACCUUUCACAAAAAGCCAGUGAAGGGGGCACAGGGAAAAACUUAGCGGCGGUGGAGAAUUUCACCUCCACGUUGGUCUCCACAGUACAGGCUGGCCAGGAGAGGCCCGGCCCCAGCAACUCAGGAGGCCUUGAGGAAAAACAGCCUCUACGUUCUGAGAACAGCUCUUUUGUGCAGUUGGCAGAAGGCGGCAACAAGGGCCCCAGUAACGGUGGCCCAGACACCACAGACACAUCAGCCAGGAAUGGCUCAGGUGUAACGUUUCCUCGUGAGACGCCAACGACUUUCACUGCUCAUCUGGAGGGUCUUCAGGUGGCCAGGGAGAGUGGGGACACAUGGCCCCCAGUUACCAUGGCCCCCAAAGUUCACCCAGCCAAAUACCUCCCUGUUUCCAUUGCCGAGAACAGUCUUGCAGAUGGACCCAAGGGGAGCUCACCUCAGGCACCAGAUGAAAAUAUUCUCCACCUCACUUCCCAUGCCCAGUUGGGUCAUAUUUUAAGUGAUUCCAAAACCGAGUCUCUAAAGGAGCCCUUUGGCAUGGCUCCCCGUGGACCAGGAGUCCCCAUCCACAUUCCUCGGCUCCCAGAGGUAGAGGGCUUCUGUAGCAGCCGCCCUCUCCAGACUGAUGACCAGUCUGGAGAUAAGAGCCUGACUGUGGACAGGGCAGACAAUAGGAGUCUUGAAGAGGAUUUCCAAGAAAAAGAAAGGGAAAGAACACAGAGGAUCCAGCACGAGAGCUUACCCCCACAGAGUUUUGCUUCCGAGGGUGGUUUCCAAGAAAGGUGGCCCAUGACAGCUGUUGCACAAGGGGCAAUACACCCAGUGCCCUUGGACCACUUGUCGGCCAACUCCAGGGAGGAGAGCGGGCAGAGCUCAGACCUGGGGCCUACUGUGUGCAAGGUGGCCCACGCCACCGUGGAAGAUGAUGGUCAGGCUCUGAGCCACACUCCACCUCUCUCUGAUAUCUUCCUGGAAGGCUCUAGAGAGAGUGGGCCAGGACUUUGGAAAGCAGGCAGAAAGCUGAAGAUUAUAACUCUGGAAGCUCCCAUUUCAGAAGACUGGCUCCCAAGACCACAGACGGGUUCCGAGUGCAAGGAGUUAGAAGCUGGUCCCGUAAUUCCUGACAGGGUCUGGGCUCUAUCUGAUGUUCUCAAGGCUCACAGUCCUCAGGCUGAGUCUGGCCCGGCCCUUGCUAAUAACAGAGAAACCCAUGUCAGUGAAAAACGCGCCAGCCGUGCAUAUUGGAGUAGCCUUUCUUCCCGGUAUUUGAGCCAGCCCAGACUCCUGGAGUCAUCUGUGGAUCCUGUAGACGGAAAGGAAUUACCCGUCACAGAUUUGUCAUCAGAGACUUCCAAAACCGGAGAGAAGGAAAACGUGAGUCAUGUGAGUCAAAACCGAGAGGAAAACCAAAUCAAGGAUCAUGCUGACUUCCUUAAACAGUUUCUGACCUGCCCUAAAGUCGUAGAAUCCUCUGUAGACCCCGCUGAUGAAGCAGGUGUGAUGGUGUGCACCAGGGCUGGGACACCAGGGCCUUCUGAAUCCACACCGGCUAUCAUCAGAGAGGAGAGCAAACUGAAUGAUGGGAACAUGGGCCAGAGACUGGAAGUCCAACCCGCCAUCUUGCAAGUCCCACGUCCUGACGAAGGUGGGGAAACCAUUCCAAGUGGAUGUGGAAUAAGUCAAAUACAAGAAGGCCGUAAGAGAAGCUUAGGGGAGGCUGAACAAAGUAAAAACAACAAAGCAGAACCUGUUUUCUCCACUUCACCUCCUUCUAACUGUCUUGCAGUGAUGACUCAUGCAUCUGUUGGCGUUGAUAGUCACAACUCCACGGGUCAAGUUCACGACGUCCCCGAGAAUGAUUUAGUUGAGCCCAGAAACCACCAAUAUGCACGUUCUGACUCGAAGGAAAGGGAAGCUGUUGAGAGUGAGUGUGGGAAACCUUCACCCUCUUCUAGUGGUCUCGCUCCGUUGCCCUGUGCUUCAUCUCCCAAAGGAAACACUGCAAACUUUUCAGUAAGCCACACAGUUCGGGAACCUCAAAGAGAGGAGCCCCACACUGGGGAAACCAAGCAUGUGAGUACCUCUGGCUCUCCAGCAGUGACCUCGGCAUCUGGUUCAGGUGAAUGUUCCUCGGAGAAAGCUCCUAAGAUAUUACAGCACCCAUGUCAACAGGGCUCCAACCUGGGCUGUGGGAGAAGACCCAGGGAAGAGAAUCUCGGUCACACGGCAGCCCGGACCCUCAGAUUCCCCAAAGCCCCACCAGCAGGGAGUGGCUCAGAGGAGGUCAAGAAGCCAGAAACCUCAGCGGGGGGACAUUUAGCUGAGGGGGUAAAGAAGAAAAUUCUGUCCAGGGUGGCCGCCCUGAGGCUGAGAUUGGAAGAGAAGGAAAAUGUCCUAAAGAGCUCAAGCUUUCUUAAAAAGAUUCCUAAACUCGAAACACCGGCAUCAUGCACAGAGGAGGAAAAAGACGCAAAAAAGCCACCUUGCAAAAGAGAAGGGAAAGCUCCAAUAUUACUAAAAAAGAUCCAAGCCGAGAUGUUCCCUGACCACUCUGGGAAUGUAAAAUUAAGCUGCCAGUUUGCAGAAAUUCAUGAAGAUUCUACGGUCUGGUGGACAAAGGAUUCCAAGUCAGUAGCCCAAGUGCAGAGAAGGGCAGACGACACCUCGGCUGUGUCCUUGGCCAUCGUCCAAGCCGGUCAGAAGGACCAGGGCAUCUACCGUUGCUGCAUCAAGAACAGUUACGGCAAAGCGACCGCUGAGUUUAACCUUACCGCUGAAGUUCUGAAACAACUUGCGAGUCAGCAGGAUAUUAAAGGAUGUGAGGAGAUUGAAUUCAGCCAACUCAUCUUCAGAGAAGACUUCCUCAGGGACAGCUACUUUGGGGACCACCUGCGAGGUCAGAUCGCCACGGAGGAGCUGCACUUUGGAGAAGGGGUCCACCGGAAAGCCUUCCGCAGCAAAGUGAUGCAGGGCCUCAUGCCCGUCUUCCAGCCCGGCCACGCCUGCGUGCUCAAGGUGCACAACGCUGUUGCCUACGGGACCAGAAACAACGAUGAGCUCAUCCAGAGGAACUACAAACUCGCUGCCCAGGAAUGCUAUGUCCAAAAUACUGCCAGAUACUAUGCCAAGAUCUAUGCUGCCGAAGCACAGCCUCUGGAAGGCUUUGGAGAAGUGCCAGAGAUAAUCCCUAUUUUUCUUAUCCACCGACCGGAGAACAACAUCCCUUAUGCCACAGUGGAGGAGGAGCUGAUUGGAGAAUUUGUGAAGUAUUCCAUCCGGGACGGGAAGGAAAUAAACUUCUUGAGAAGAGAAUCGGAGGCUGGUCAGAAGUGUUGCACCUUCCAGCACUGGGUAUACCAGAGAACGAGCGGCUGCCUCCUGGUCACGGACAUGCAGGGUGUGGGAAUGAAGUUAACUGACGUUGGCAUAGCAACGCUGGCAAAAGGGUACAAAGGAUUUAAAGGCAACUGUUCCAUGACCUUCAUCGAUCAGUUUAAAGCCCUACACCAGUGUAACAAGUAUUGUAAAAUGCUGGGCCUGACAUCGCUUCAAAACAACAGCCAGAAACAGAAGAAGCCAGCCGUCACGCAAAGCAGAAUUCAGCCAAACGCCACAACCGUAAAGAAGAUGGCUUCCGGGAGCCCAGCGGGAAAGGAAACCUCGCACCCCCUGUGAACGAACGGCCACCAGCUCGCGGCAGUCUUGUGGGCACACGUCUGAAGACGCUCGAGAGAGAGCACCUAGCCUACAGAGCGCCGGUGGCGGUCCCACGUCCGACCGCCCGUGCCCCACGCUGCUCCCAAACUCAUCGCCUGCUGUCUUCCCUGAGAUGAUUUCGGAGCAGGAUUUGCGACCAGACGUGUGGAGAGGCGAAAUCAACGGUCACUCUCAAAGACAGCCCAGCUUUGUAUCUACCGGCUUCACGUUCUUUGUCUCUUUGUGUGGGUGCACAUGGUUGUGUUGUCAGGGACUUGGUGCCCUGUCCACAGCUUCCCCCCCCCCCCCCAUUCCUAACCUUGGGAUUUCUAGACGCCUCCAGCUGCUGUAUCAACAGAAAACGUGAAUUCCUUCAUGGGGUCGAGUUGUCACGCUAGAGUGGAACGUCCUGUUGUUGCCAGAGGUGACUUCCAACAGAAGGGCCGAUUCCCUCAUUAGUCGCACAUCCGGCUAUAAUUCUCUGUGUAAUUAAAUUCACACUUACCCAGAAAGUGGGAGAUGCAGAGAUUAGCACAGACCCUUGUUCUUUCGAAUUGGUGCCAUAUUUCACAUUCCCCCAGGAUUAGCAAUUUGGCCACUUCCUAAUCAGUGUACCGGAGCACGAAGUAUCUGCAUCCGUGUUCUCUCCGCAUUCUUCCGUCACAGUCUCGGUUCGAUAGGGACCCUGCCCUAUAAACCCGGGGCUGACCCACAUCGGAUCACACCAGAAGGUGGUGUGGAGCCUGCUGGGACCCCCAGCUCCCCGGGAGCCUGGCCCCUCCCCGCAUCCCACAGUCUCCUUUCCUGCCAGUUGGGGUCCUGCCCAGCUGUCGGGCAGAACGUCAGCGACCCACAUCAGGCAGGAAGAAAUGACAUAAAGACCGCUCAGGGAUGGUUUUAUGCACCCCAAACUGAGAGAGAAAAUGUCUGCCGCCCCACUGGUUUGUUGUGGUGGUUGUUAAAUUGACAAUUUUUUAGAGCAGCUUUGGGCUUCUGGACAAAUGAGCGGCAAGUAUGGAGGGUUCCCAAACGCUCCCUCACCCCCUACUCCAUCGUUGACCCCUGUUACUAUCAUGUGUCAGUGUGGACAUUCGUCGCACUUGAGGAGCAAGUGUUAUACAUCAUGAGUCAUUAAAGUCCACAGCGUACAUUAGGGUUCA